GAAGGAAGCUCUGCUACCGUACAGCGUUCCUCUUUGUAAUUGGAAUUUAGCGCAUAUUUUGAAAUCUCCCAUUAGCCUUAAUUCACGUGAGACCUUCUACCUUUGACGUCUGGUUUCUAUUUAGAUGGCAAGCUUUCCCGACUUUGUAAACGAAAAUGAAAUAGCAAGAUCACGGACCAUUGGGGAACUUAUAACGCCGACUUCUCCAUUUGAACAAAAAUAUGGCCGUGAAAACUGGACAGUGGCGUUUGCUCCAGAUGGUUCCUACUUUGCUUGGUCGCAAGGUCAUCGUAUUGUGAAACUGGUGCCCUGGUCUCGUUGCCUUAAGAAUUUCACUGCAUGCAGCACAAAGAAUGGUGUUAAUCUAACGAAUGGGAGGCUGUCCAGGCAGAACAGUGAUCUUGGUCAGAGAAACAAGCCAAUUGAGCACACUAUAGACUGUGGAGAUAUUGUCUGGAGCCUUGCAUUUGGAUCCUCUGUACCGGAAAAGCAAAGUCGAUGUGUGAAUAUAGAAUGGCACCGCUUCAAGUUUGGUCAAGAUCAGCUUCUCCUUGCAACAGGGUUGAGCAAUGGACGCAUCAAAAUUUGGGAUGUUUACACAGGAAAACUCCUCCUUAAUUUGAUGGAUCAUACUGAAGUUGUUCGGGACUUGACUUUUGCUCCAGAUGGAAGCCUUAUUCUUGUUUCUGCUUCAAGAGACAAAACUCUCAGGGUCUGGGACCUUAAGGAUGAUGGAAACAUGAUGAAAGUCUUAAGGGGGCAUCAAAACUGGGUUUACUGCUGUGCAUUCUCUCCUGAUUCCUCCAUGUUGUGCUCUGUCGGAGCUGGAAAAGCUGUGUUUCUUUGGGAUAUGGAUAAAUAUACCAUGAUCCGUAAGCUAGAUGGGCACUACAAUGAUGUGGUUGCUUGCGAGUUCUCCCCUGAUGGAGCUUUGUUGGCAACUGCAUCUUAUGAUACCAGAGUAUAUGUCUGGGAUCCCCAUAUUGGGUCUAUACUUUUUGAAUUUGGGCACUUAUUUCCUCCACCUACACCCAUAUUUGCGGGAGGUGAUAAUGGUCGUUGGGUGAAAUCUGUCUCUUUCAGUCAUGAUGGUGUACAUAUUGCAAGCCUUGCUGAUGAUAAUUUGGUGAGGUUUUGGAGAAUUGACAAAUCUUACCCUGUUGAAGUUGCUCCUCUGAGUAAAGGACUUUGCUGUGCCUUUUCAACUGAUGGCAGUGUUCUAGCUGCUGGAACUCAGGAUGGAAAUGCAUAUUUCUGGUCAACUCCAAAGUAUGUUUCCAGCCUUCAGCACUUGUGUCGCAUGGCAAUAAGAAGAGUUAUGAAUACAAAUGAAGUCAAGAAGCUGCCUAUACCACAAAAAAUCAUGGAGUUUCUUACCUACCAAACGAUGUAGGGAACUUAAACAAAAACAUUGCAUUUGAUAACAUCAACAGCAACCCUAACUGCAUUACAAGCUUUAUGCUUUAAAUGUUACAAAUUUUCAUUGAAUAUUUAAAGUACAGUAUUUAAAAAAUGAUGCAUUUCCAUUCACUUGGAGCUUUAAAUCUGAAGUGUUUUACAUUCUCAAUGUGACAUUUGGACAGACUUUUUGUAUUACUGUGAAAUUGUAAAUAUAAAUGUAAGCUGCUAUGUGUAUUUUAUUGCUUAAAUAUGUAGACCUUUUAUAUAAGGCUUCUAUAGAAUGUCUGAAUGUUUUAAAAAUGAAUGUUAUAAACACUGUGUUGGGUUAUGUUCGAUGCGCAGUACAGGGCAGUGGGUUCUGAAGAUUAGAAUUUGCAAAGAAGGUGCAAGCAACAACAAUCACUCCCUCCUUGGUGUUUUGAUUUUUUUUUCUUUAAUGCUAAAGUAAACCUUUAGCCCUUCAUGUAUGUUAUCUAGUAACUGUAUGGGCUAUCUAUAUUGGGAUAUGGUACAGUUUUUUUUUUUGUCUUUAGAAUCUUCACUUCCUCACAACCCCCCAGUCCUGUUGCUAGUCAUCUGAGUUAUAUGACUUUGGUUAUUAAGAAUUGCACAGUUUGGUAGAUGGUGGAUGUAAGUGAUAAGUGGGUUGUUUAGAUUGCAAUGCACCAGUGUUCAGGCGAGUCUGUGCCCAGCAAUAUCUUUUCCAGGGCUAAUUUGGUUAGCUGCCAAAGAUGAGCAGUGUUCGCUGUUGCCUUCUGCUGUUUAUUUGCACUCGCAGGUUUAACGAAUGUAUGCAGUGCACAAAAUGCUGACCAUAUAUUUUUGUUGAAUUUUGCCAAAAGGUCUAUAAAUAUACUUUUUUUUGUUAAAAAAAAAAAAA